AGACAAAUGGCUCCCAAGUGCAAGUGCACGAAAAAAGUACAGUUCGUAAAAUUGUCAUGGUUACCGCUUGCAAACAUAUGGUAUAUAACAGCUGUCAGUUGUCACAUACACUUGUUACAUACAUUGACAUAAAUCGUGAAAAUCGUAAAAUCUAAACAAAAACAUAUGUGAUACAUAGUGUACAGUGCACAUUGGAAAAAAAUUUAUACAAAUUCUAAAAUGGACUGGGCUGGCGAACUCGAGGUCACUUCUAAGAAGUUGAUACCUCGCUUAGGUAGACGCGCAGGUCAGAACUUGCAGGAAGAGAAUAAAUCCGACGAUGAUCCUCUCGAGAGUCCAAUUUCCUUGUCAUCUGGAAAGUCUGUACCCAUGCAAAGACCGAUAGUUCCACCUCGUACUAGGAAAACCGGUUGGGGUGAUGAACUGAAAAGUGGCAAAUCAAGGACAUCAAAUAUUAUUGAACAAGAGCGUUUUCCAGCUAUCGAGAAGGAAGACCAAGAAGAUGAUAUUCCUGUUAUACCUGAUUUAGAUGAAAUUCAAGAAGAUAAUAUUUCAUCUGAUAUUGCAAGUGCUCCUACAAUCAAUGCAAAUAGAGUGACUGCGUACGAGGAAUUGGAUACUGAUCUGGUGAAAAAUGCAGCAUUUACAUCAUUGGACGGUGUCAGUCUUUCUCUUCUCGCAGAGAAACUAUACAAUGAAAAUUUGGUGAAAGAAUCCGAUAAAGUUUGGAACUGGAAUCUUCUUUUCACCCAAAUUUCUUCUGAGAUUAAUAAUGAAACACAGGAAAAUAUUAAAACUUAAAUAAGUUGAAAAAUUAUAUGUUAUUGAAUUGUUUUUAUACUAUGAGACAAAUUAAAAUUUUAUAUAUAAGGAAUGAAGAAUA